GGCAGUUUUCACAAAGCGGAACUGUUUAUGUCCGUCUUCGAAGGAAGAACACCGGACUCAUUUCUUAGAGCACCGCUGAGCUCCGCAGUGAUCUCAGUCCGGUGAGAAACAAACUAAACCCAGUCACAUCCUGUCACAGUGAAUAAACCUGAAAAUGGCGCUGCGUGCUUGUGGCUUCAUCGUGUUUCGUCUAUCCGGUUGCAUCCCUCCCCCGGACAACAUCGAGUACCUCCUCUUGCAGACUUCUUAUGGGACGCACCACUGGACCCCACCCAAAGGUCAUGUGGAUCCAGGCGAGGACGACCUCACCACCGCUCUGAGAGAGACCAAGGAGGAGGCGGGGCUGGGGGCGGAGCAGCUGAAGGUGAUUGACGACUUUGUGCAGGAGCUGCGAUACGAGGUGCGAGGCAAACCCAAAGAGGUGCUGUACUGGCUGGCCGAGUUGAGAGACCCAGCAACAGCGGUGACUUUGUCUGACGAGCACCAGGAUUACCGCUGGACCCGGCUAGAGGACGCCUGCGCUCUGGCUCAGUACAAAGACCUGCAGGAUACCCUGAGAGCAGCGCAAAGACACCUGGAGGCUCGGCAGGACAAACAGCGAUGAACCAGAAGGUAGACUGUUCAGACCAUAGACUGUAUAUAUACGUAGAUGGACGACACGUCUUCACUUCCUCCCACUGGACAAAAGUGAAACCAAAAUAUCCCGGAUACGGGAACUGCCAUCUUGAGAUUCUGACGUAAUUUCUACUGGAGCCACGGUAUCGAGGUUCUAAUUAAAACCAAACUUAUCAGAAAUGAACACUUGAACAUUCAUCAGCAUGAUAAGAACUACCUAAAAUGACAGAAAUCAUCUUUGGGAAAAAUGUAUUUGACAUGUUCUUGACCCAUGUCCCA